AUGAGCAGAAUGCCCGAGACACGAUCCGAAGCAUGGAGAAGGUUAUCGGCCAGCGGUAGUCGUGAGCGCAAUCACGGCGACGACCGUCUCGGCCCUCGCCCUCACGACUCAUACGAAUUGGUUGACUGUGGCAGAACUCCAAUGCUGUAUCCGCCCGCAUCAUACCAGCAGGAAUCGUCACUGCGCGAGUACAGUGGCCGCCACCCGACCGAUGACGACCACUUACCGACCAGCUGCAUCUCACCGCAGCCAGACGACACACAUCCAUGUCCUGAUUGCGAUAUGUUCGACUCGCCCAGACCCAACUAUCUCGCCAAUGAACGCAGCGCAAUCGCAAUCCCUCGCAUUCGGCCCACCGACUCUGAUGCCUUCACUUCCCGCUACAGUCGUCGCAUUCCUGAACUCAACAUUGAUAUGUACGACCUCGACGAAUCGCAAGUCAGCUCACUCGACAAGGGCGACGAUCGCAUGUACCAUUUUGGCCACAAGGCUGGCGGCACGUACUCUGGCACGUUUGUAGAGGAUGAGCCACUGGCACCUGAGAUCCAAGCCAUUAUCGAGAAGAUGCUCGACAAGAAGAAGAUCAAGAUGAGGAACGAAGCUGGCGCAGCAAUUGCGCAGCACACGCGAAUCCUGCUGUCGACAGGCUCGACUCUGUUUCUGGAGCGAACAACGAGCUACAACGAUACUGGUCCGGAUAUGUAUUGCAAGCUUCCAGGCUGCCUAUCUCGCGCCGACUGCAUUCCGCCUGCUACGUACUUCUUCGCUCUCAGACAGCGAGGCGGACCUGUGAGGACAGAAGACUUCUGUCUCUGUCUGGCUUGUAUGGAGUGGCUGUGGAAGGGUAACUUUGCCAAAGUGCCUCGCCAUCCAGGAAUCGUGAUUGGGGAGGGAAGCAUUGACCCGAAAAGUCUCUUCGAAGAGAGCGCGCCGGAAGAGGAUGACACGGUAACUGCUCGCACACCACGCUGCCCUUGUCAAGACUGCGAGCCGACCAUACCUCAGAUCGACGGCACUUCGGACUCACCAUCGUACAACGAGCAAGCAUCAGGAAUGGGCAACUUAAUCAACACAUCCAAGCAUGCACCGCGCUCUCCUGAAUUACAAGUCCUAACACCAGGCUACACGCAGAUCGAGUCAGACGACGAAGAAGACACCUUUGACUCGCCACGCUCGAUGGACUCUAAUGGCGAGUGGUUCUACCCACCAACACGCUUCCAAUACAUCGCCGCAUUCGUAAAGCCAGGCGUGUCCUUGACACAAAAAGAGAAAUCUGCAGUUUGGCUUUGGAAAGCCGCUUCACAGGACCAACUGCGCUGGAACAGACACAUGAGAGAUACCGAAUGCCGCCGCAAGCACUACUCAGGACUGAAGGAAGCCGAGCAAGAGAAAGAAAUAUUGCCAUGGGAACGACUUGUCUGA